UGAGGAGCCAGUGUGUGUGUGUGACUCGCUGGUGAUAAGAAGAGGCGGCGGCUAGUGGUGACGCGCGGUCCUCGCUCACGAUUCUUGCCUCCCCGCUUCUUGGAGGCUGAGCGACUCUGACAACAGCCGAUGCAAGGCGUUGGCAGGGCACGGCACCACCUCCAUAAAAUAUUUCCAGCUGUAAAACUUGGUCGGUGUUGUGGUGACACAGAAAAGAAGCAAAGCCGCGCACAAUGGAGGCCCGUCACGUGACUCCUGUGUGAAGGGCCGUGGACAGAGCCAGACCGGUGUUUCUGACGCGGCCCCACACGAUGGGGCUGUGAGUGAGUGUCCCGCCCAUGGCCAAGGCCGCCCCGGCUAUCGCGGUAAUGGCCAGCGGGUCCCGCUCCCCCCUGCACAGCUCCCCCAGGAGCCGCAGGUACUCCAGCGAUGACAUCGGCUGCCGCUACUCCAGCCUCUCCCACACCCACCUCAUGCCCCCCCUGGCGGUGUCCCACCUGGGCUCCUCCGAGGGCUCCCUUCCCCGCCGGCAGUCUGUGGCGGCCACGGUACAGACGGAGGAGCGCUACCGCUCCCCCCGGCAGCUGCAGCACAGACGCCGCUCCGAGUUUUCCGCCCAUGAAAAACGGCGACGGUCCCGCGCCGAACUGGACAAUAUGAGGGACAACGCCGGGUACCGCGACGCCGAGGCCCUGAACGGCGGGCGGCGCGGCACCCGCGGCUCGCAGAUGCUCAACGCCUACGACCUGGACUCCGCCCGUCUCUCUGUGUCUUCGGGACGCCACAGGAAGACGUCCCGCCACAGCACACCGCCGCGGGAGGAGGACCCUGAGGAGCGGCGUCGCAGCCGCGUGGUGCUGGUGUGUGCCUCUGUGGCCGUGGCCAUCUUCCUCAUCGCCAUCCUGCUGGUGGCCGUCACUCUCAGGCUGUCGCCCACCAUCGACGAAAUGGGUGAGUACCAAUAUACCUCUCUUUCUGUCCCGCCCAGCCCCUCGGACCCAAGGUAGGUGUGCCAGCCAACACACAGUUUUAUGUCACACUUAUCGGCCACAGGCACACAGGCACUUGUCACCAGACGACCAUUUCUACACUUGGAGACACGAAUAUUUGGUCUCAUCACACUCAGCCUCACGAACUUGAGUGCAUCGUGGGUCAGGGGAGGAAACGGAAACUAUCUUAACUCAUGUAUGAACUCCGCCAUGGCCCAUGAGCCACCAUCAGCGGCACCGGUGGCCCGCCUGGCCUUGGCCCCGUGGCCGGGCCACGCGCCGCCACAUACCAGCGUGACGGGGCAAAGUUUCCCCGCCGCGUCGCGCCUCGCGCUGCCGCUCAGCCUUAAAUAAGUAAAGCGACAAUCACCCGCUCGAUUACGAUGCACGAGGGAGCUUCCAGCGCCGAAGAUGAAAAUGAGCAGCACUAACGAGCUGCCGAGAGACCUGUGGAACGUGGAGCGUGAUAAUAAGCUGUGUGUGUGUGUGUGUGUGUGUGUGUGUGUGUGUGAGCGUAUACACACAGACGGAGGGGUUUACACGUCAUCACACGCCAGCCAGUGCGGCGCCGGCAUGCCAAGACCACCGCCAGGGGGUGAACACGUCACCCACGCCCGCAGCGGCCUUAUUGUACCUCCGCCGUGGCUCUCUUUGUGGCCUGCAGACACCCGCACAGCCCUCAGCAGCGGGAGGCGGGGGCUGAAUAGGAUCCUCGGAGCUUCUCUAAACACCCGCCUUGGCCACGCCGGGAGAUCGGCGGGGCGGCGACCACCUCUCCGGCCCCGGCGAGUUUAAUUAUUGUGAGAGAAAACUCUUCUUUCUUCAGGGUGAAAUAUACCUCGUUAGAGUCUCUUAAUUUAUCUACCGGCCCAUAAUUAAACUUCAUCUGCUAUCGCUUUAUCCUUUCUCUUAAUAUUCACGAUGCCAUGAUUUAAGAAGGAUUACAGUGUGAACCUACGAACUGGCUUUUAUAAUUCGUUUUUUAUUAUUUCAUCUGACUAUAAAAAUCCGGAGGGUAUGAUUAAUUUGUGCUUCUAUAGAAACAUUUUAUUCUUGAGUUUUUCUUUGUGUCUGAAUGUUAAUAUUUCAGUUUUAUUGCGCCGAUAUUGUGUGUUAACGAGUAUAUUUCUUGCGAUAUUAUAAGUUCAUCUGCUAUUUUGACGGUUCUCUACCUCCUAGAUUACUCUGAUGCCAUAUUCGUGCACCGUUAAAAUAAGUCCUGCCGUGCAUACAUAUUAAGGGAAGUAUAGGCUAAUAUAUAUCUCAAUUAGUAUACAUAUUUCACGCCUUGGGAGCACUUCGUAGUUAGCCUCGCCAGGUAGCCAGCCAGGUGCGCGCGUCUGAAAUGCUUCCCGCGUGCCGCAGAGUUUCGCGAAAAUGCAGAAUUCUUCGUCUUUGGGCGUCAUUAUUUGCAGAGGGAAAGUUGUAGGCGUUAAGACCCAUCAUAAUGUUUGUUGC